CUGGCAACCUCAGUGUCCAAGUUUUUUCUCAUUUCACUCGGUUUGCUUUCUUCUUCUUCUUCUUCUUUUUUUUCCCCCUAUUUCACACAUUAAACCCUCCUCUUUAUAAAUAGGGGAAACCAAGCAAUACGGUGAAAUGAACCAAACACAGAUAGAUAAAUUGCGCACACACAGAGAGAGAGAGAGAGAGAGAGAGAGAGAGAGUGAAAAUUAAAAGAGAGAGAGGUUUCAAUGGAGUCAAUGGACUAUCUGCCACCGGGUUUUAGGUUUUACCCAACCGAAGAAGAACUGGUUUCCUUCUAUCUGCAUAACAAGUUAGAAGGGAGCAGACCAGACCUGGACCUGGUUAUGCCUGUCAUCGAUAUUUAUGAGUUCAAUCCAUGGGACCUCCCUCAAUUUGCAGGAACGUUGACUCGUGGAGACCAUGAACAGUGGUUUUUCUUUAAUCCGAUUCAAGCGAAAGAGGCGCAUGGAGGAAGACCGAACCGGCUCACCACUUGUGGUUACUGGAAAGCAACUGGCACGCCCGGUCAUGUCUACUCUUCUCAAAACCGAGUUAUUGGUAUGAAGAGAACCAUGGUUUUCUACCAAGGAAGAGCUCCAACUGGAACAAAAACUGAAUGGAAGAUGAAUGAGUAUAAAGCCAUUCAAGAAGUAGCUUCCUCAUCUACUACAAUUCCAAGGUUAAGACAAGAAUUUAGUUUGUGCCGAGUGUAUAUCAAAUCAAAAUGCCUGCGAUCAUUUGACAGACGACCACCAGCAGAAGUGGCUGAUGGUGAGGCAACGGCAGUUCAGCAAGUUAACCGCGGUGAUCAUGCCGGAGCAGCAGCAUCUGAUCAUCAGAAUCUAAAUCCAGUUAUGAUGGAUAUUGGAACAAGCUCACCACAGAGCUCGUCCUCAGACGACCUACCUAUUAAUCCUUCUCAAGGUACAGAUAGUGAUUUCAUGGAAUCCUCAGGACACCAAACUAAUAUUUCUCAAACUGGGGAGAGUUUUCGGAAUUUGGAUGUGGCUAAUGGCAAUGGAGCUAAUCCUUCUGAAACUACUACGCAGGGUGGUCACAACUUGGAUGUGGCCAAUGGCAAUGGAGCUAAUCCUUCUCAAACCACGACGACAGCUGCCAACUUAGACAUGGAUAAUGGCAAUGGUGCCGUGUGGGAUUGGGAACGAGUGAAUUGGUUUUAAAAGAAGGAUCAGAAAUCAGAAUGGAUGGGAGUCCACAAGGUUUAACCUGCAAGAAAAUAAAUAUAGUAGUGUUUUUUUUUUUUUUUUGUAUAAAUAAUGUAGUUACCUAUGUAAGUUUAUAAAUAAAGUAGUUAUCAAUGGAGAGAAGCCAAGAAUCCUACCGACAUGGAAAAUGUAUGAGCAUGAAGUUUUGUAAAAUAUAAAUUAUCCUGUACUUAAUAUAUAUGUGUACGUGUGUGUGUGUGUGUGGAAUUCAGUUCUUUGUUCUUCUUA